AUGGCAGCGGUCAAGGAAAGUCCAAUCGACAAGUUCAAUCGUAUCCUGUCCUGGCAGUUGCACAUUCUUCGCAUGCUGGGCCUGGAUGCGUUCUCCUGCAGGCUUGUGCUUAACCCACUAGCCCUAACCAUAUUCCUGAUGGCGGGCCUGUUUAUGGUCGUGUCGUUCUACGAUGUGCUGGUACUGUUCCGCGGCGACCUGUUCGGUACGUCGUUUGUGUUGACCACCAUAUUCUACGGCUUUAUCGGGUGGGCACGCAUACUGGGCGCGCUAGCGUAUCGCAGCAAGCUACCGCUCCUGAUGCAGAUGACCCGUGACACCUACCACCGUGCGGUGCGCGACAAACGGCAAUCAGCCAUCCUGGCCCGGUACACCGGCAUCUUCUGGCGCGGUGUAAUGCUCUACUCGCUAAUGUUUCUGGUCGGCGUAGUCAUCGCGUCGGUCGGUCCGGCCCUACUGUUUCUGUACAGUGGCAAGAAGAUACUGCCGUUCGGUGUGUACCUGCCGUUCGUCGAUCCGAACAGUGGGACCGGAUACGAGCUGAACUAUCUGUACCAGAUGAGCUGCAUCCUGUGGACACCGCCCGGGUUGACCGCGACGCAGAACAUUUACUUUGCCUUCAUACUCAACAUUUGCAUCCAGUACGAUGUGCUGCAGCUACAGCUGGCCGAUCUGAACCAGCUGAUACAGUGGUCUGGGGUGGAGAAUCAAGAUAACGCCGUCCGGAAGAAGCUGCGUGAAAUCAUCGUCUACCAGCGACGGUUGGAGGUGUUUGUGAACACCAUUGAGCAGGUGUACAAGAUGCAGGCACUGGUGGAGGUACUGUCGCUAACGUUCCAGCUCGUCCUGACGCUAUACGUGAUGCGUACCAGUAUGUGGCCCCCGGGGCUGAUCCUGAUACCGCUCUGCACUGUACAGCUGUUUAUCCUGUGCGUACCGGGCACGCUGAUCGAGAUAAAAGCUUCCCACCUUACGGAAACGAUCUACGGCAUUGACUGGCACGAUAUGCAUCAAAAGAACAAGCGCAUCUUUCAACUUCUGCUGCAUCGGAGUCAACACCCACGCUUUCUUACCUGUGCCCGGAUGGCCAUCAUCGACCUGAAUCUGUUUUUGAGCGUAAGACGCUUGGCGGGUGUUGAGAUGAGAUUGGGCUGGGUUUACUAUACCGAUCCAUUUCGUUCGCAGGUUAUGAAGAAGGUGUACUCCAUAUUUAUGAUGCUGGAAAACAUGUGA